AUGACCAUCACCAUCACCAUGACCAUGACCAUCACCAUCACCUUGACCAACACCAUCACCAUGACCAUCACCAUGACCAUGACCAUCACCAUCACCAUCACCUUGACCAACACCAUCACCAUGACCAUCACCAUGACCAUCACCAUCACCAUGACCAUCACCAUGACCAUCACCAUCACCAUGACCACCACUGUCACCACCACCACCCUCAUUUCAUAA